GAGGGGCCUGAGAACAGGGGGUGUCAGGGCUGGGGGAUGCGGCCCACAGGGGCGGGACCUGGCCUGCAGGACCGGGAGCCCGAGUUCCCUUCCAGGCUGGGAGGCUGCCGGGCUGGGCUAGAACAGCUGCAGAGCCCCCAGUUCCCUCGCCCAGUCUCUGGGUUCCGGGCUCUGGGCUAAGCUGGGCAGAUACAAAUUCAGAGCGCGCCCUGGGGGAGCUACCAGUCUGAUGGGGGACACAAGACACACAGGAAGCUGGGGGGGGGGCGAGAGUUCCCAAGUCCAGCCCUGGAGGGCUGGGGGCGGGGCUGUGCCGAACCCCCUUCUCUGACAGAGCCCCGGCCCGCCCUUGGGUCCCAGCCCCCAAAGCGGAGAAGCUGCCGGGAGAGGUGACACCCCCCCGCCUCCCCCUCCACCCCCCCCCCCGUUCUCCCGCAGCCGCACCGAGGAUGGAGCGCGGACCGUCCGGCCUCCAGGACGAGUAUGUGUGGAGGCUGAGCCGGCUCCUGGGCCCGGGACCCCCCAGGGGAGGAGAGCCCCGCCCCCCCAGCUCGGACUCCAUCCGCACCGAGGACUUCGCCGCCCACUUCCAGGAGGCCGCGGGGGAGGCGGAGCUGCGGGGGGGGCGGCAGGAAGGGGAGGGCCCCCGGAGCCCCGAGUCCCUGGGGGGCCACAUCGCGCGGCUGAGCCGGGGCUCCCCCCUCAGCUCCUGGGGCCGCCUGCAGUCUCCCGGCUGGGACGGGCCCGCCGGGGGGGCCUGGGCCGGCCAGGCCCUCCCAGAGGCCCCCGGCCCCCGGCUGGGCCCCGUGGGGGGGCGCGCCCCGCCCCGCUUGGGGGGCCCCUUCCCAGAGAAGUGGGGAGCCGGAGGGGAGGCCGGAGCUGGGCCGGCAGGAAGCCAGAGCCGGGGCCGCCCCCCUCGGGCCCCCCUCUCCCCUGCUCCCCACCACGGAAGAGCCCCCUGGGACCCGGAGCCCCUGAAGCUCCCGCCGCACGGGCAGGCCCGGGAGGCCCCGGGCCGGAGGCAGCUGUCGCGGCCCCUGGCAGGAACCCAGGACCCCAGGCUGCCUGGGAGCAGGUGGCCAGCGUCUCCCUGGGACCCGGAGCCCCCCCUCCCGUCCUGCCCGCCGGGAUUCCGAGCUCCCGCCUCCCACCGAGAGAAGCCCAGCCCUAGCCACCCCAAGGGGCUUAAAAAAGAGCAGGAGACCCCAGGGGAGCCCAAGCCCUGGAAGUGGAGCCAGAACCUGGAAAGGAUGAAGGACGGCGGCCCUGGGCUCGCAGCGAGGGGGGCCCACGCCGGACGCCGGGCAGAUUCCGGAAGGAGCGGCGCACGCCAGCAGCCGAGCCCUGAGACCCCUGGCAGCGGGGAGGCCCCCGGGCCCGGGAGUCCUGGGACCGAGCUGGAGCUGCUCGGGGCGCUGAUCGGGGCCGCCCGCCGCCGCCUCUGGGCCGUGGAUCGGCAAGCCGAGAGCCUGCAGGAGGCCGUCCGGGAGCUGCAAAGGCUGGCGCCCCCGCCCGGCGGCCGCCAGGACCCAGCAUCCCCCGCGGCAGGCCAGACUCUCGAGGGCCUCGGAGGAGCAGAGGAGGAGCCCGGAGGCCAGAGAAAGAGACCCGCCGGACAGAGGCCGGAGCCACUCUCCGACCGGCCCCGGGCCCCGAGCAGCGGGCGGCGGGACUGAGCGGCCACAGCCCGGGGAAGCCCCCUCCUCCUCCCCGCGGGGACGGGGGCGGGGCUGAACCUCCACAGCCCGGGACGCCCCCCCCCCCUCGCGCCCUUCCCUCCCCCCCUCGCGCCCUUCCCUCCCCCCCUCGCGCCCUUCCCUCCCCCCGUGGGGCCCUGCACGCCCCUCCUCCUCCCAACGACGCCCCUCCUCCUCCCCGCGGAGACGGGGGCGGGGCUGAGGAAGGGCCCACCUCCCCACCGCGCGGGUCUCCAGGGCCCUCUGGGGAGAGCAGCCCCUUCACCGUCCUUAACAAGGACCCCGGGCAGAGACCUCUGGGACGGAGCCCAAGGGCCGGCCCUGGGGACGCCAACGCCGGAAGAGGCCCGAGCCUCCCGUCCACAAGAGGGCAUCCCGCCGCUGUUUGAAGUCCCCGACGGCGGGGAGCUCAUUACCUCCCCGCUUUGGUGGCCCAAAUCUUUGCAGCUCCCCCUGACUCCCUCCCACCCAGGGGUCCUGCUUCUGCCUUCAGGGCUCAGGCAGGACGGAACUCCUCCCCCCUUGCCACGGUUAGCCUUAAAUGCUGGGAGACGGCUCUCCUGGCUCCCCACUCUUCGGACCCCCAUCUCUGAGUCUCCAACCCUCCCUUUCCGGCCUCCGUUAGAGGCUCCUCGGCUGAUCGACGCUCUCCUUAAGCCAAGCUGCCCGGAUGUGCGGUCCGACCAGGAGAGAGAUUCGCAUCCCCUCCUCCCGAGCCUGGGGCCUCCUCAGGGCUGGGGCUGCCUCGUCACCGUGGGGAUCCGGCUGAAGCUUGCGGCCUUCCAAGACCCCCAGAUCUUUUUCUUGCACAAUGCAGCAGCGUUUUCAGACCGGCCACUGAGAGGAUGGAGCCCGGGGCCCCUAUCCAGGUUCUGGCCCCUCCUCUGGUACCCGGGCCAGGCCACUCCCUCAGCCUUCAUUUCUUCCUCUAUCAAAUGAAGAGUCUGGCCUCUGGCGGCCCUUCCGUUAAGUUCUGUUGCACCUUUCCACUGACAAGCACCCCCCAUCCCCCCCCCCCC